AGGUGGUACCUGAACCAUUCAGUACGGAGUCACUUACUCUGGAUGUUUACAGAUACAAGGAUUCAUUGAAAGAAGACCUUCAGAAAGCAGAUCUUGUUAUUAGUCACGCAGGUGCAGGAAGCUGUUUGGAGAGUCUGGAAAAAAGAAAGCCACUCACAGUGGUUAUAAAUGAAAAGUUGAUGAACAAUCAUCAGCUGGAAUUGGCAAAGCAGUUACACAAAGACGGGCAUCUCUUCUACUGUACCUGCGGCACGCUUCCUGGGCUGUUACAGUCAAUGGACUUUUCAACACUGAAAUGUUUUCCUCCCGGCCAGCCCGAAAAAUUUUCUGCAUUUUUGGAUAAAGUUGUUGGAUUACAAAAAUAA